UAAAUCAUCACUGAAGAGGUUACAGAAGCAGGAGGGUAUAUACCAGCGGAGAUUUGUAACCUAUUUGAGUCUUUAAUGCAGAGAGCAGAAAGCUUCAUUUAGAAUCGAUAGAGGACAGCAAAGAGACAUUAGUCGAAACAUCGCUAAAGACUCGGAGAUGGAACAAACACAUUUGCUGUUGGCAGCAUAUCGCCAUGAAGCCAGCUUCGUAUUGCCAAUGCGCUUUCGAUUCCCUGCAGCCUGCAGCUCAGCUCGGACCGUUUAAGUUAAACGGCUACAGGGACCUGAUCUACCCUGACUCACAGUCCUGAUAUUUCCAUCUGGACCGGGUGAUAUGAGAGGCUCCAGGAGAUGGUGAUGGAGCUCCAGGAGGUGGGCUGGCUGUGUCUGGUGGGUCUCUUUCUGACCUCCUUGCUCAUUGUGCUGGGAUGGCUGUUACAGUACUUGCUGGCCGUACUGCGGCUUUGGAGAUCAAGGAAGACAGUCAAGCAGGACAGUAAGGGAACCGCCUGGCAGCAGCUCUCAUUCUCUCAGCCUAACCAGAGCCAGGCUGGAGGUGUGUGGGGCUUCCUGCUGAAGCUCCACUCGGGCCGAGAUGGAGGACCUGCAUCUGAGGCAGGGGUUAAAGGCUUGUUGACUUCUCUGUUCUCCUUCAAAUCCUUCAAGGAGCACUGGCAGAGAACCUGGGUCAAAGCUCUGAAUGAGCAAGCUUGCAGGCAUGGGAGCUCCAUCCAGAUCACUUUUGACAGCAAUCUCCAGUUAACUACUGCCUCUGCAAUAGAUAGUGUGACCUGCACUGACCAAGCAGCACACCGAAUGGUUUUACACUGUAAAUGUUUGGUGGACACAGUGACGUUUCCUGUGACGGUCACACAGCAAUCACCCGCUGCCGUUUCCAUGGACACCUUUCAGAUCACUAUAGCACCUAUGGAGGCAAAGGUGGUGGUGUGCCUGGAGGAGGUGGAGGACGAGGGUCUGCUGAUAUCCUGGACUCUUUCUAAGCAGCCAUCAUUUACUCUGACAGUGUCUCCAUGCAAGCUGCAGAGACAAGGCAGUGAGCGUGGGGCCGACUUGGACAUGAUUAAGGGCCUGAUAGAGGAUACUCUGUUCAGCACUCAGCCAGCCAUGGUCCUCAACCUCAAGUCUUGUGAACCCAAUCCUUUGGCUCCCAUGGACCAUCUAUCAGUGGGAUUGAACUCUGUACCCCAGAGUGUUCUGGUGAGACGACUAUUGCUCCGGCAGCUCAGGGCGACCUUAAGUAAAGGUCAGUGGUCUAGAUCAGGGGAGCUGUGCUGUGUCCUAAGCCUGGACCAACCCUCCACAGAGAGGACAACCCGCUUCCUGUCUGUGCCCAGCAACCCCGACGCCUCAGUGGAAUGGGGUGAAGAAAUCACUCUGGAGCUGAGCCUCGAGACCAAAGAGCUGAGAAUAAGACUUCUGGAGCGGAAUGGCAAAAAGGAACAAUUCCUGCCCGGCCAUGCCUCCAUCGCCUUGGACCUCCGGUGCAAAGUUCCCACUGGACAACACAAACUGUCAAUAAGUCACGGCCUCGGCUUGGCCCCAAACGCUACCAUCACAGCAGAGCUGCUGUAUGUGGAAACAGAGGAGCCGCGCAGCGCCCACAAUGCUUUGCCACUUCGUUCCUCCCUCACCCCCACCAAGAAAGUUGAUGUGGACCGAACUAUCAUGCCAGAUGGGACCAUUGUCACCACUGUCACGACCGUCCAGUCUCGACUGAAGCUGGACCGCAGUCCAGGUGAUUCCCCUUUGCGUUCGCCGUCCAAAGUGGAGGUGACUGAGAAGAAACCCACCCUCCUGUCAGAUGGCAGAAGCAGCACCAGCCCCAACCUCAGCAAGAGCAGCCGCCUCUCUAAUGGCCUGGAUCCCGUUGCAGAGACGGCCAUCCGGCAGCUGACGGAGUCCUCCUCCAAAGUAGCACGGAAGACACCAACUAAGAGGAGCACGCUGAUCAUCUCGGGCGUGUCAAAGCAGGUUCCGCUCUCAGAAGAUGACUGCGUGUUAUCGAGCGGCUACGCUGCAGCCAUGGACGCAGCCAUGCAUGGCAACCAUUAUAGGACGGGGCACCACCAGGACCCAGAUGAAACCACACCCUCCGACGUGUCGGAGCGUCCCUCUGUGGAUGAUGUGGAAUCAGAUACUGGUUCCACUGGUGCCUUGGAAACCCGCAGCCUCAAGGACCAUAAAGUGGGCUUUCUACAGAGUGGGACGAAGCUGUUGUUCCGCAGAAGACAUCGAGAAAAAGCGUCCUGCCUCAGCCAAUCCCACGAAGACAUCUCCAACAUGGGCAAUAACUUUGCUGCCGCUGCAUCCAUCAGCCGCAAAAAGUCUGGCAGUUUCUCUCGGCGUCUCAUCAAACGCUUCUCUUUCCGCUCAUCGGGCAAAUCAAAAGGCAAAGCUACCAACGGAGGAGCAAGCUCACUGGAUAACUGAUCCUUGUUAGGGCAAGAGGCCGGUCAUCCUGACUUAAGCAUUGUUUUAAGGCCUCUGUUAGUACUAUUAUUACUGUAAGAAGAUCAACUAAACCGUGCAAGAAUCCAGGCUUUGACAGGCUGAACACCCCCGGUGGGUUGUCACCUGUACAUCUUAAAAGGAGGAUACCUCUGGGAGGGCUUUCCUUUGAAGAGAAAUGAUUGCACCUUCAGGACAAAAGUCAUGUUUAAUCACAUGACUGAAGGUAAAUUGUGAUUAUUAAAUCUAUUUCUUUCAAGUGAAACUCUGCUGCUCAGUAAGGAGAAGGUCAAAGUCAAAAGGAAACGUCUUAUGACCUGUUUGAACACAAACUACAGUAUGAGUGUUUGAUUGUGAUUGAUGGUGAAAAUGCUUUCAAACUAUUUAUUGACAUAAAAUGUGAAUAUGAGGCUUAUGGUUUCACUUCGGAAAGUUUUUUAAAAGCAUGUGUAAAAUUCCUGGGUUGUACAAUUGUGAAUUAUUAUGUGGUUCUCAAGUGCUAUUUAUUUUACCCCAAAAGCAACUCAUCAUAGUUGCAUUACACUGUAAAAUAUAUAACUUGCUGUGUUUUUCUCCAUGCAAAUGUAAUUUUUCAACACAUAGUUUUAAGUAAGUUGACAAAAAUCAGUCUAGAUCUAGCACUUCAUUCAUAAUAUAUUGGUUUUAGAUUGUUGUAUCUUAUAAACAAAGCAGGGAAGGUAAUAUAUCUAUUGUACUUUUU